GCUCCACUUCCCCAUCAACGCUUCCAUCGUCAUCAUCAACUGCUGCUUCAUACUCUUCGUCCGACGGCCUCUUCUCGUACUUCUCCUUUCUUCCUCAACAGCGCCAAGCUUCAGUAUUUGCUUAUCACCCAGCAUCUGAUCACACGACUCUAUCUCGCAUCCCCUGCUCUCCCCGCGAUGGAGAACCAGAAGAUCUCCGACUUCCUGGCCGACCAGCUUCAGCAAGCUCCCGAACAAUGCCAGGCAUACUUCCUCAGUUUCGAAGACUACUGGGAGCGGAAAUUAUGGCACCAGCUUACCAACUCCUUGGUUGAAUUCUUCCGUCUUCCAGAGAGCGCCCCUCAGCGGUUACCGAUAUUUAAGACCUUCGUGCUCAGCUUCGCCGACAAGAUCAAUCAGCUGAAGUUCGUCUCGUUGGGGUUGAUGGCAUCGACAGAGUGUGCAGAUGACAAAGAACGACUCUCUUUCCUCACAUCACUCGCCGACAAGGUGAACAAGCCCGACACACAAGAAGCUUAUAUCUAUGCCCUUGCGGACGUCGCCAAUGUGAAGCAACGGCUCAAUGAUCUGGAUGGAGCACAGAAAGACCUGGAAACGUGUCAGAAGGUCCUGGAUACUUUCGAUUCGGUCGAGACUGUCGUACACGCCUCCUUCUAUAAAGUCAACGCCGACUAUUACCAUAAAAAACAAGAAUUCGCCUCAUUCUAUAAGAACGCCCUUCUCUAUCUCGCAUGCAUAAAUCUUGAGGAUCUCAGCGAAGCCGAGCGCGCUUCUCGCGCAUACAAUCUCAGUGUCGCCGCCCUAGUUUCCGACUCUAUCUACAAUUUUGGCGAACUGCUUCUGCAUCCUAUUCUGGACUCUCUCACCGAGACCCCCCAUAGCUGGCUCCGCGAUCUCCUCUUCGCCUUCAACCGUGGAGAUCUCACUGCCUACGACGUGCUGGCUGGCAACAUCUCCAAGAACCAGCUCCUAGAACAACAUCGAUUCUUCCUCUACCAGAAGAUCUCCCUCUCGGCUCUCACAGAGAUGGUCUUCCGCCGGCCCCCGCAUGACCGCAAUCUGACCUUCGCGGCCAUCUCUGCGGAGACGAAGGUGAAGCCCGAGGAGAUCGAACACCUGAUCAUGAAGGCUCUGUCGCUCGGUCUGCUGAAGGGUGCCAUCGACCAGGUGGGCCAGAUCGCGCAGAUUAACUGGGUGCAGCCCAAGGUUCUGGAUAUGGCCCAGAUUGAGGGCAUGCGGAAUAGGCUGAAGGACUGGGACGCAGGUGUUAACCAACUGGGACACUGGAUUGAAGGUGUUGGUAAAGAUGUGUGGGCUGCAUGAGCUAUGUUCCAGUGUCGUUUCCUCAUAUCCUUAAUGUAAGAGUCCUGCAAAAAGAGUAGCACUUGGGGGUUAUAUGUAUGAAAUGAAUACUAGACUUUUGACACCCACCAUUGAACCCGUAUGAAAGACAGAUACGAUCGCGCAGAAUUUUCACCCACCAUAGUUCAUCCUCCCCCUACACUCAACUUCCUUCUACCCCCUAUUACCUUAUACUAUACCAUACCACACCAAACCUACCCAAAAAAUGGCAGAGCUACCAACCAACCUAACAACUACCCCCCAAGCCUUCCCAACCUGCUGCCUCUCAAUCUCCAUAACCCUCCUAACAACCCUUUCCACCCUCCUCCCCACAAAGCCCUCCCUCACCCUCUCAAUCGGCAGCGGCACCGGCCUCCUCGAAGCCCUCCUAACCCACCAUUACCCAUCCCUCCAAAUCGAAGGCGUCGAAGUCUCCUCUUCCGUCAACCGCUAUAUCCCCGAACAAGACAUGCACGUCGUCACCGGCACAUGGGAUCUCUUGCACGAGCGGGCCCCCGACGCCACGGCGUGGAUGUUCGUCUAUCCGCGUGACCCGAGGCUGGUGGAGAGGUAUAUUGAGAUGUAUGGGAUGGGGAAGGUGGAGGUUAUUUUGUGGUUGGGGCCGAGGGCGGAUUGGGGGGAUUAUGUGCGGUGUUUUGCUGGGGGUUUUGGGGU